AUGCUGUCAUCACUUCUCUUAUCGCAACUGAACGCAGUGUUGUGUCAAUUUUUUGAGAACAUUUCACAUCAGCAGGUGGAAGCGUCUUUGCUUGGAGGCCAGCUGAUUCUGAAAAGGCUCCGCCUCAAAGAAAACGCACUGGCUCCCUACUCUCUACCAAUUUCUGUCACCUAUGGCGUGCUCAAGGAACUGCGAGUACAGGUCAACUGGUUUCGUUUGCUGUGUCACCCUGUCGUUGUGGAGGCUGAGGGUCUCCUGGUCGUCGGCACAACAAUCCCGACAAAUGAGUGGGAUGUCUCAGUUGAACGGGAUAAUUUGUCUGAGCAGAAGAAACUUCGGCUGGCUACGGAUGAACUGUUAACCUACGCGAAGAUUGACCGAAGCGUCGCAACCCGAUUCCUUCACAAGCUUGCGUACACUUUGAUAGGCCGCAUUGAGGUAAGGGUGAAGCGCUUGGAAAUUCGGUUGGAAGAGGCGGAAAUCAAUCCAGGACGCAUGUGCGCUGUCGGGUGGCGUGCCCGCUAUGUUCAAACCGUUCACUGCAACGAGAAAUGGGAGCCCUACAGGGGCCAGGGAGGCUUGGAAGCUUCUCUCGCGCCUUUACGAGGCGAGCAAGGGCUCUACGACGAAACAAGUGCAGACGAGGAGACCUCCCCUCAAACAGAGUACUGUUUGUUUCCGCCAGCUGCACGGCCCGACCAUCACCAGCACACCUGCCGAUACGGGGAUUCCUGCGACGUUCAGUCGCGCCGCCAAGCAUCCGGAACUUCGAGCUUGAGACCCUCAUUCGCUCCCCGAUUUCUUGGCUGGUCUCUAUGGUCCUGGACCAAGAGGCUUAUUGUCGCAUCGAUUUCGUCCCUCUCAGGCGGAUUGGGGGCGGGGAGGAAAGACGGCACUUCUCGGGCAGGUGGGUUUGCGGCUUUAUCUCCAACAGACGAGGUAGUGUUUAAGAAAAUUGUUGUCGCCGGUUCGGCGAUUUACCUUGAUUCCCUGACACCGGAGGGCCCGCGUUCACCAUGGCUCCCCCAACCGGCCUCGGCUCGAAAGGCCCUCCUCGUCCGCUUGACGAGGGCUCGGGAGCAGGCUCGAAGCAGUCAGCGAGGGUCGUCGGGGCUGUGCGAUCCAGGCCGCUCGUCGCAGCAUGCGGUUGGAAGCGCCGAGCCACAUUCACCCGGGAAUCACCAGCAACCAGACUACUUACCCCAGAGCCCGGGAGCGUCGUCUCCAGGUUCCAAUGCUUCAGCGCAUCAUGGCGACCUUCAAGGAGUGCGUAGCACUCCGCCAUCCUCUGUUUUAGGUGGAAGAAAGGCCACACACCACCUGGAAGUGGAAGGGAGGGGCCGGGACACCUUGACUGGGUUUGGAACUGCCCACCUCUCUUCGAGUGGCUGGUUCGACCUUUCUCGAACUGGAGAUCUAGUCGAGAAUGACGUCACUGUGGCCGUCCGACGAGUUGGCGCUCGCCAGGCUCCGGCCUUCGUCUCUGUUAGAACCCGAGAAGACAGCAAGCUUGUCUCACGCGGUGCCGGUGGCGCUCCCUGGCGGACACCGGCCGCCCGUUCCAAGGCAGCGCACGAGGAACCAUUCCCGCCUCCCAAAGACGACAGAGAAAUGGAUGCCAACUCAGACGUAGGCCCACUGAUGACCGUGCACGAUCUGUUCACGAGCGAGGAAAUGACUCUGAGAGCGGAAGCAAGCGCUCCACAACACCAGUACCUCUACCGCCCAGGAAGGCUCGAGUUGCGAGUCCGCAUUCUCAAUCGGCCCACUCAGGCGGUCCCUGAGAGUCCAGCGUUCUCCGAUCGACUUUUUGCUCGACCGCUUCGGGCCAUCGCGCACUUUGGCUGUUUCUCGAAAAUCUUUCGAGGACCACGCGGGGCUUCUGCGGGGACAGUGCCGUCAAGCACAGCCAACUACCAUCCUGGCCCGGCAGGCACUGUGGGGAAGCGGGAAGCAAAGGGGGGAGCCUCCAUGCGGGGAAACGACAGCGAAGUCAAGGAAGGACCGAACUGGAGAUUUCAGCGCAGACAAGGGAAAAACACUGAGAGCCAGGGGGCCGACUGGGGAACACAGAGCUCAGGCGAAGGGCAGGCUGGCGCGAAUGGGACGAUAGCAGAAAAGAAACUAUGGCAGCCGAAUGUGGAAGAUACCUCGCUACCCGCGUUCACCCUAUACUUUGUCUUCUCCCACUCACACAUCGAGGCCACCAUGGACCAACUUGCCACCGUCCUUCAGUGGAUCGAUUACAACAUCUUCCUCUACGGAGAUCUGAUUUCUGGCGCCGCCUUGGACCUGAUGAGGAAGGAACCCUCAGCAGAAGAGCAGAGGGAAUAUUUUCUAGCUUGGAGGCGGCGUCUGCUGGCAAAGACAUCCGCCUAUCUCGGAACGACUGACGGCUUCUCUCAGCUAAGAUCUUUCCUUCGAGAAGCGCUUCGAGGCAGAAAGUUAGAGAGAUCGGGCUCUGAUAAUGUGUUGUUUGCACCCCGUGGAAUGGCAAGCGCUAACUUGCCUUCCCUUCCUCUCGUGGCGGCUCAACCCUCUGCAGGUCCUCCCGACUCUCCUAACCACUUUCCCUCCUUGCUCCGAAGUCGGCAGCAAGACGAUGAGAGACAGGGCGAGAACAGGAAGGAGAAAGGUACCGCGAACGAGAAACUGCCUGUCUCGACUCGAGUCGAGUUUCCUCUCCACGCCGAAGGAGACCGCGCAGAGAGACAGCUGCCGGUGUCUACGGACGUUGGGGUACCAGGAUCCACAUCGGCAGCCCCAGGAGGUACGCGUGGACUCACGCCAUUCUUCAAGGGGGGGUGCCCAGAAGCAGAUGAGGGACGGCGAGAGUCAAACUCUGGAGGUUCCAAGUUCGCUCGCGCGGGUCGCAGAAUUGAAAGACACACUCUCGACGAGCAGUGCAUUGCAGCUUUCGAGGAAGCGUACUGGGUGGAUGAGAUAUUGCGCAUCCGGGCGGAAGCGUUGGAAAGCUUGAAAGAACUGAUGCGCCAGGGAGACCAAAAGAGAGACACCACAAAACAGCCAGAGGAUACGGUUCCGGUGGGCAGAAGACGCAGAGACGUCGAGCGAGGAGAGUACACACGACUGAGAGAGGGAUUGCCUUUUUUGGAUCAGGAAAGAAAGAAAAGAGAGGAAGCACAGGCGAACCGCGAGAACGAUACCCACACGGAUCGUUCAACAGAUCAAGACGUUCUCUCCAGGAGGGGGGGAGAACAGGAAAGCGACAUAUAUUUCUUCGCAGCAGAAGAGAUGCCGUCGCCGUGUGAAAACUCACGGAGCCCCACAACCUUUGCGACUGUGGAUAGCCCCGCCGGCAGCUGGACAAUAUGGGGCAACGAGGAAGAGGAGAGUAUGCUCGCGAACAACAGGAAACACAGUGCUGAGAAGUACAGUGUUCGCGACGCUGAACUCACACCAGUUGGCUCCGCGCUGAAUCUCGAGCUCGCGCGAGACUCUGAAGAACAUGCGGGUUCUGAUACUUCGAGUCACAAGGGUGUUGGGGAAGGUGAGGCGAGAAGGAACAAGGACGCGCAAGAGGGAGGGACAACUGACCGCCGCUGUACCGCUCCCUCCUGGUCUCGACAACAGCCUUCCUCUUCUGUUCCUGGUGCAUUUAAAGGGCGUCUCAACGCUCAACCGCCCUCGCCGCGCUUGGGUCCCUGCUCCAGGCGGGUAGGAAGCCGUGAGCGCGCUGAGGCGCUGCAAGAGACAGAGGAAGAAGGAAAAACGGACUUCUGGACAGUCGACACGGAGCAGCAAGAGGGAGGUGAAGACGAAGAGUCGAAAGGGGGAAGGCUGCGGGUUCCCCGGUUUUGCGCGAGAGCUCGUCCACGAAAGAAAGGCAGGAGUCGCGAGCGCGAAAGACAGGAAGAAGACACAGAAACUACAGAGAAAGACACCAUAAAGCUUGUAGCUCAAAACCUGUCAGGAGAGAGAAUCACAAAGACUGUCAUGACAGUCGUUGUUCUCGAAUGCAUGGAAAUUACCCUCCGUCCUGCUGAAGGGGACGACGCACGACUAUCUCUCAAGUGCCGAGAAUGCUACAUCCAUAACGUCCUCUUUGAAGAAAUGAGAUCGUCGACAUGCGUCGCAUUCCAAGACGUGAGCAUCGAAGACUUCCUGUCACCGGAGCUUGCUCAUCCUACAGUCCUUCGCAUGUAUCCUCCUCCUGAACCUGAGUGUCCUCACUUGCCUAGUCCUUCCUCUUCGUCUCCCGGCUCCGCUUCGCUUUCCUCUCCUCUCUUGUCUCUGCCUUCUCCGUGCUAUGCAACGUCGGCGCUUCCGUCCCUCGGGCCACAUCCUGGGGUCUCUGACCCCUGCGCCGCUUGCUCGGUUCGCCGCUCUGCAGCCGCCUUGCCCCGCCUUUCGUCUGGAGAGGGCGUCACCGGCUCGUUGUCUCCGCCGUCGCAAGGAAGGACGCAGGGCGGAUGGAUCCGGCUCGACAUGUGGGCGAAACGCAAUAAGUUGACUCCCGACUCGCUAAUGUAUGUACACCUCAAAGACUCGGUCCUCGUGACGCUCAGCCCCGCGGCAGCCUUGCGAGCGUUGCACGUUCUUGUAAAAGCUCUCGAGCCGAUUGAGCGAACGCAUUUGCUGGCGAGAAUGGAAGAGAAAGCGCGAGAGGCAGUGAGACGACAAGAAACGUAUUUGGCCGAUAUGGCCCUUGGAAAUACUGCACAUUCGUGCUCCGACCUCUGCCUUGUUCUUGACGCACCGUGCCGGCUUCUGCUUCCAUUUCAUGACCACGAGGCAGCUUCCCCCGGCAUGCUCUUCUCCUGUGGGGCCUUUUGCAUCGACUCACAGCUGCGCCUCCCCAGAUCAGACGCCAAAGACAUUUCCUCCUCUCCCCCUUCCCCCUCUUUUCCCUCUUCCCCCGUUUCGUCUUCGUCGCUUGCGCUGGCGGCUGGUGACCGGCAACACGCCAGAAGAUUUGACUGUGUGCUCAUGGACAACGCGACCUGUCGAGGGAGUGAAGGCGUCUUGCUCCCCGACCUUGACGAGAGAUCUGAAGACGAACCCGAGGGCGCAGGAAUCGGAGAGACGCUCGACGAAAGUGGACGGACAGGAGCCCAUCACCAGGGCAAAGGGGGCCAUACACUUUCUGCCUUGUGGUCCUCGCCACCGUCGCGCGUCUGCCCAGAACGCCUGUUUGACAGAUAUGCCGUCGGCUGUGGGGACUGUACAAUUCUUCGCGUGGGCAACGCCUCCGCCUUCCUUCAUUUUCUUUCCUUCGCAUGCACGUGCGGCUCUUGUGGUGAGCUCCUCGCCGCCCUCUCCACCUCUCCUCAAGCGACCGCCGGAACAUGCUCGCACCUUGCAGCGCUGGGGCUUGCCGUGCCCACCUCGCGCCGCACCCCUUCUGCGUCCAAAGAAUGCAUCUUCCCGGAUGAGGGCGACGCAGGCGAGAGGGACCGGAGAGAGCGGAACCAGGCAGAUGAGAUCAGGAGAGAAGGACGCAGAGAAAGGAAGAGAGGAAGCAGUGGAACGUCGUUGUGUGAGGGCGAAAAUGAGGAAGCAGACGAGGCCUUUGAGCCGUCGACAGGACGCGGGCUGCGCAGCUCUUUCGCGCUUUUUCGGGAAAAACCAGGCAGUCGCCAAAUCCCAGACAUCAGCCGUCUCCCAUGCGUACCCGAGCCUUCUUUGCUGCUUUCGCGGAUUCCUCUAAGAGGAGCAGGAAACGAAGGCGAGAAGGGCGAGCAGGCAGUCCUAGAAGAACAGACGCGACCCUCUAGCGAGAGACGACUUCGCAGCUGGAACUCGCCCUCAGAGUCGGUUCAUGCAACUCCAGCGGAGCGUGGAAGACGCACGUCGACCGACACGUGUUCAUCCUCUGAGCAUAUGUCUUGCUCCUCGGCUUCCUCGUCGCUUGCCUCCGAAAGAAAACGGGCGUCGCUUCUUCCUCUCGCGGCGUCUCGUCGCCUCUCUCGCAGGAGUCCAUACGCGGAGUUCACGGCAGAGAAGAAACAGAACCUCGAGCUUCUCUCUUCGCCCUCCCGCCGUCGCGCUUCUCGGUUCUCUCACAAGGUCCACUCCCUUCGCAGUCCGGCAGACGCUUUCUCCACACAUAGCGUCAAAGUCCUGGCUGAAGCGGCUGCCUUGGAACGCCCCGUCGCUGUGGGAAAGGAAGUGAACGACAUGCGCGCCAGGGGACGAAGCGGCAGUGGCCAGAGAGACCACAGCCGGUCGCAGGCAAAAAGGUGGGAAAAACAAAGAGCAGCGGGGGGAGAAGAGGCAGGGAGCGAUGAGGAAGAGAUGUCACAAAGGCGUCGGGAAGAAAAGAGGGACAGAACGAAAGACAGUGGCGAGAGGGGAAGAAAUGUCAGUAUUGAAUCGCUCCCCCACCGCCGAAAGAACUUCCCGUCCAUGGGCGAGCGCGCGCCUCAGGACAGUCAGUCGCCUCUCUACCUUCUCUAUCCUGUGUCCUUCCGCCUUUUCGCCGACGUGUGUCAUUGGACGCGAGCUGAAGGCCUCCCAGCCUUUCGUCUCAUGCUCAGAGACGACAACCUGAUCGGCGGGAUUUUCUUCGAUCUUUCCGACAACGACCUAAGAAAUCUUGCGUAUCCUCUAGCCACCUUUCUCAAGACCUUAUCUGUGCUUCCCCCCCUUGCCGCUUCAUCUGCGUCUUCUUCCUCGCCCUCUCCCCCUCCGCCUGGGCCUGAGAAGGAGACAGUUCUCGCCCCACCCUUUCCGGGCUCGGCAGCGCUCCAAGGGGCGCCUGCCGCUCCACUCGAGAGACGCGCCAACUUUGUAGCCGUCUCCCACGCCGGUGCACAGCGAGGCCUCGAGGCCAUGCCUCCCGGGUGGUCGGAUGGGGAGACGGGAAGAGAAACUGCAGCCGCAAGUUGCAAGGAAAAGCGCCCCAAGAAGAGCGUGGACGAAACGAACAGGCAGCAGGAACUCGCCGACGCGUCGAGGCCUGGAGGCGAGGGGCAGACUCCAAGCCGAGGAGGCGGAGACGGGCCGCCCGGCGCUCCCUCGUUGAAUUCGGAAACUCAAGAUGGGAGAGGGGAAAAAGACAGGGAGGCGCACCCGCAGCGCCACCAACCAAACAAGGAGACAUCUACGGAAGACGAGCGAGAAGGCGAAGCGAUAGAGCCGGAACGACACGAUGUCUGUGCACCCUUGCUCCUUCGAUCUCACCUCCUGUUCACCAACUCGUCUCUCACAGUCCCUUCGGCUUUGGAAGAAGGCCCUUGCGAGGAAGAGCCCGAGCAGAAGGCAGAUGUGGACGAAAGACGAGAGGGAGACGAAGACUACGCACGCUCAGCGUCUGAGAGAAUGCGUGGAUCUGCCGACGCGGCAAUCCCUUCCUUGCCAUCUCUGCCUCGCGUGGCUCCUUCUUCAAGAGCAGGGCUUCAGCCUCUCCACUUCCCUGCUUCGUUUGCCUCUUCAGCUACCUCGUUGGUCCCCGCGGCGUCUGCGCUGGGCCGCCAAGACCGAAGCGCCGCCGGCCAGAGAGACGAGCCGCCGACGCACAGCUGGGGACUCUGGCCCUUCUUCCAUCGGCUGUCUCUGCGGCUUCACAAGGCCUUGGCUAACCAGCAAGGAGGCGCGGCGAAUACGCCGAACGCAAGGGACCCAACGCGCCGAGCCUCCGCGGAGGCGGACCGACACUCACGAGCCGAAAGUUCGACUGCGCGUGGGGCUCAGACGCAGCCAGGCGCCGGCGUCAAGGCGAGACGGAGGGGAGGCGAGAGAGAAAGACACGGUAAAGGACCGCGAAACAGAGAGAAAGGCCGGGGCGCCAGAGCGACUCGGAAGCAUCUGGAAUGGACAGCGCGCGGGGCGAAUCGGACGUGUUCGCGCACGCCUCACGGGUUUCUCGUGAUCCCCCUCCAGCAGUAUGUGAGGCGGCGAACAGUCUUGGAGCGAAAACGGCAAGGGCGAAGAAGACUGAGGGGACAUGGCGCGGCUGAGCGUGCGAGCGUUCCGGCUGGCAAGGUGGAAGCGAGACGCCGCACGGGGCGGCCGUCUGCCAAGCCCCACAGACUGACCAGCGCGCGGGGACUGCCUCGACCAUUGCGAAGGGGACUCCUUGGAGACAGCGGGAAAAACUCGCCGCACUCACACGCGGGUUCGUCCGCUUCCAUCAACUCGUUUCCCCCUCCGACGGUGCAUGAGCGGCGGAGCGCGAACGGGCGCGAGACUUCUCGCAAGAAGCGAGAGAGCGGACGCGGAUCGCGGGGAAAGAAAUCCAGGAAACUUCACGUUUCGAGGGCCAGGGCUCCCAGUCGAUUCUCCGAGGUUCGCAAAUCCUGCGCUCCGGAUUCCUUUCGCGGACGCAGAUGCGUUGUGCGCUGCGGGGACGAAGAGAAAGACAAAGAAGAAGAAUCCGCAGCCCGCUUGGUCAACAUUGAAGUUCACGUUCAGGUGUCGUCGAUCUGUGUGCGGCUGUGGUCAUGUCUGGCUUCUCCGAUUCGACCGCAGGAUGUGACAGAGGGGGGAAACGCAGAGUGCAGGAGGCUGUCUCUUCUGUCCCCUCUCCGUCGAGGUGACGGCGAAAGGGUUGACGGCGAAGGCUCGCCACUGAGAGCGACAGGAGAGGAAGAAGCCGUGGCGGGGGAGUCGCAAGAAGAAAACCGCCGUGCGAAUGGAAUAGGACAGCCGAGUGAAGACCGGCACGCACAGAGAGGAAAUGAUAACACACGACAAAGCUCGCUUCCGAUGCAUCGCUGCCCACGGGGGAUAAGCCUUUCAGGACGAAAGGCGGCAGAGGGAAGGAGCAAGGGGAAAACACGCACGGUGUGGCAAGGCGGUUUCGGCGAGUCGACGUCGACGAUCGGGGAAACGGUAGCCUUCAAACUGCUCGAGACGUCGGACGCUUUGCCCAGGGAAUCCUCAAAACAACGGAUCGACGCGUGUGCCUCGGUCGUCUUUGCGUCUCCGGUAAUUGACGCGUCAUCACCCUUGACUACAACACGUCCCAGGCAGUCGUCGCUGUUCACCCCCUCUGCGUCGUCUGCGUCCGCUUCUGCUCCUUCCUUCGAUUCGCCCCUUUCCUCGUCGUGUCCUGUUCCCGGAUGGGAGGGAUGUCCGAGCUUUGUUGUUCUCCCUGAGGCUUGUCCCGCGUGGAGGCUUCGAGCCUGCGUCCUGACCGACGAAUGUGCGGUGACGGCGCAGACGGUGGAAACCAGCAACACGCGAUGUUCCCUUGCGCUCGAGUCGAAAACGUUCUCCAUUCUCGUUCCUCGCCCGUACAGAUCUCUUUCCCAUCCCUACCGCUCCCUGUCUUUGUCCCUUUCCUCGAAUCCUCUCGCCGCUUCCAGUCACAGAGCGACCGCGACGCGAGCCAGGCGUUCGUCCUGUCUCUCGCCCUCUUCGUCCCUCCCGAACGCCAGUGACAGCCGGCGGGGGGGGGCGUCCAGUCAAGAUGGACCGAGAAAGGGAGAAGACAAAGGAGCAGACUCAGGACCGAGUUCCCGUCAACAAGCAGACGCUGGGAAGAGAGGCGCAACGCGUGACGCGAACUCUGCCUUGUACACCUCCGCUGUCCCAGAGCCGGAUGCAUCACGGCCAGAGAGAGAGCGGCGACGGAACAGCAAAGACAGGACCACAGCGGACGCACGUCUCAGGCUGACUUCGUUAGGCCAUCGUUCCGAGGGUCCGGAGGUCCAAGCAGAGGCGCGAACUGGCGGAGAGCAAGGAGGAAAGAGUCGAAGAGAGAGGGGUGGCGAGCGACAAAACGGGAAGGAAAACGACAACAACAAGACCCGUGAGCGGAAACGCGGCGAGGAACACGAAUUGGGGUCUGGACCGGAUGCGGGAGAGCGAAAAAGUGAAGACGCGGGGGGAGCAAGGACGAGACAAAAAGACACUCAACUUCCUGCAGAGCGAAAGCCACACGCAAGCGCUCGGCAGGCGGAGCGCGCAGUCUUGGAAGAGCACGAAAGGGGGCAGAGGCAGCGUGACACGGAGCUUCGCUCUCGACCUCCAGAUACACAGCGUUCACCCCGAGCUUCACCUCGGGGUUCUCAUGGUGACCGUCUUGCCAGCGACAUUUCUCCGGAGAAAACGGGUCGGCGACGAAGCCAGGCGUUUCCCGACUCGUCGCGGACGUCUGGGCUGUCUGCCUUCCGGCGCAAGAACAGGCGUUCUCCGACUUGGUCCGCGAAUCACCCCUUGAGGAGCCGGCCGUCGGUAACCGCCUUAGAAGCAGUAUAUCUGCUUCAUCCCAUUGGAGAAGAGCGUGUGCAUCCCAAUCCUUCAUUCCUUCUUCUUCCCCCUCUCACGCGUCUUCUGUACCGGACGCCACAGGCGCAGAGGCCGAAACGCCCCUCGUCACCGCCUCUCCCGGCACUUGCCGAUCCACUCCAAGGCAACUUGUGCAACGCCCCACGUCCAUACGUGUCCUCCACCAUCUCUCUCGCUCGCUUGCUGUUCGCAGCCCUCCCGGCCUCGCCAGGGUUUUCGCCUUCGCCCUUUUCAUCGGCUGCGACGGCUCUCCAAUUGCUCGGCAGUCCCGUGACCGAGACCCGGUCGCGAUGGGCCUUUCCCCCGCCUCUCCCUGGACUUGUCUCUGCGGAAAGAGAAGGGAAAAGCGGCGACCCGACACGCCCUUCAUCUACAGCUCUUUCCAAACGGCGAGGCGUUGAUUCGCGCUGCCCCGAAUGUGGAGCAGACGAAGAACGCGAAGAGGAUGCAGCAGAAAAAGAACCAAUACUCGGCGGACAAGCUGGAGACACGGGUUCCGCGGUUUUACGAGCGACAGGCUUAGACAUCGAAUCGAAGGGGAAAAAAGAAGGGGGACGAGAAAGGGAAAACAGAGGAAGAACUCCAGAAGCGUACGGGGACCUUUGGGGCGUUAGGGACAGAGACACAAACGUCUCUGAUAAGACGGCUUGGAGGAAGCGCCCAGAUCCACCUGCUCAUCGGGGAAGAUGUGGAACACUGGAACCGUCGGGGACAGACCCCGAGACAGAGACACCCUGGCAGACGCCCAGAGAGCUCCUGGUGACAAAUCGAGCAUUGGGGUUUGUCUCGCUCCUUCGCCCGUCUUUUGUCUCUCACGCCGAUGUUGCCAGUGGAACAGGCGGACCACAACGGGAGACACAGGUUGAAGCCUCGGGGAAGCCGGCGGGGGUCGGAGCAAACGAGCAGAAGGGCCUCGAAGAAAGAGAGCCAGGAAACCCGAAAGGGACGAAAACACACCUGGGGAGGGCGACGGGCGCGAAACCCUCGACCGCUGAGCGAGAAGAAGGCCAGGGAGAUGGAGCACGGCAGAAAGGAGAGACACACGCGUGGGGGACAUUCGAGAAGGAAGACGAGAAAGCGUGGGAAAUCAAAGCGGACCUCUGCUUUCUGGAAUUUGCACAGAAACUCACCGCCAAACUGGGACGGUACCGGCUCGCCCUCGAUUGGGAAGCGACUGCCCAGCUACUUGCUUGGGUCCAGUCAGUGACCGCAGGUUUCUCGCUCCUGCCGGAACAGUCUUCCAGCGCCUCUUCGCGGACGUCUCAGGCGACCGCGGAGCCGCGCGGUGUUUGCCCGUCUGCGUCCUCUUCGUUUUCUUCUCCGCUGCGGUUCGGCCUUGACGCCUCCGACCGUCCCUCUUCCGCAGCGUCGCUCUCUUCCGCUAGCGUCAAAAGCAGAGACGACCAGGGCGCUCCCUCUGACUCGGCUUCUGGAUCUCCGUCUGAACCCCGCGACCCGCCGCCUGCGCCUCAGCCUCCAUCGCCUCCGUCUCCAUCUUGGAAUGCGGCGUGUGCGCUUCUGGUACCUCAUCUGCAACUUCUUCUCCCCUGCGUUGGCCCUUCGCCUUUCGCACUGGCGUCAGUCCGCCCAACUCCCGACUACGACUUUUUUGUUUCACCCCGUGGUGGCGGCGCGCGCGCCCACCAGCUGGGGCUUUGUGGCCGCAGCGGGAAAGCAGAAGGGAGACAAUUCCAGCGAAGAGCGCCGGGAAACCCCGAUGAAGGACAGCAAGGCGAUCGACGCUGGUCUUCUCAUCGAUUCAGCGCUGCGUCAGUUCCGCGUCUGCACUGCCAGCUCGACGGUGCGGAACGGAGUGCAGCUUUGGCUCCUAACUCUCUGUCUCCUCUGUCCGCUCUAACUUUCCUUCUUCCUCUCCACACGCCGUCCCGGCCCCCUCCCGUAUGUCUCCUCGAGUGUUCUGUCUCGGCCUCUUUUCAACAACGCGCCGUGCCUUCGCUGUCGCCGCCGCCUACUGGGGCGCCAGACUGCGAAGCCUUGACUGUUUGCUCGACUGCAUCUCACGCGUCCCCGCCUUGCUCUCUCCACCGGCGCAGGCGACAAACGACUUUCUCGGACGGAUCUGGGGAGUCUCCAGUCUUGUCCGCGUCUUGCGACGCGCAGUCCGCUCCUUCGCUGCCCUCUGGUCCUUCGUCGGGUCUUCCUGCCAGUCGCGGUUUCCCCUCGAUAUGGUCAGGGAGAGAGAGACAAAGAGGCCGGUCUUCGCCGGUGCCUCUGAGCGCCGCCUCCUGCGAACACACUCCGACGUUUUCGGACAGCGAACUGUCGUCGGCAGCCCAGUUCCCCCCACUUUCGUCAUGGUCAUCAGGCGAUCUGGAGAGCUCGCGAACGCUCCGGUUGUUUCCACGCCCGGGGGAAGGCAGUGACACAGGCGCAAGUGAGGAGAGCGAAGCUGAGGCGCCACACGAAGGGGACAGUGAACAAGACGCGGAAGGGAUCGCGGCAGAGUCUCCAGAAACUCCAGACGGAGAAGAGAGCCAUGCCAGACAUUCCACGCAACUGCUUCCAGAAGACGGAAAUGGUCCUGGGAAUCGGAAAGAUUUUCAGGACGAGGUCCAUACGCGUCAAACGGUGGCGCUGUCUCUCCAACACGUGCGUCUGUCUCUCUUGCUCCCCACUUCCUUUGAAGGAGAUGGCAGGCGUGGAGACAGCGGAAGCCUCAGUCGAGGCGCCUACAGCGUCCGGCAUCCUCAGGCAGACCGCCGAGGCAGCCGAUCGACGGCCAGGUCACAAUUUGCCUCGGCUCCUGCUACGCUGGGAAGCGAUCGCCUUUCGCUGUCGCCUUCUCAGAAGCAAACAGGAGCUGCCAAGGCCUUCUCGCCGCAAGCGCGGAACUUGCGGUUCCCGUGCGCCGCUGGACAACGCGAUGGACUGCCAGUAACACGGAACGCGAACGCAUCGGAGAAACGAAGAGACAAAGAGAAGGAGAAAGAGAGAGAAAAAAGGCGACUGACGGACCCGUUGGAAGAGCCUUCGGUCGCAGACGAAAGCGAUCGAGAAAGAGUCAUAUCUGGAGGCGCGAGCGACGGCCCUAGAUCCCGAGGAGAGACCUGGGGCACACCCUUCACCCAUCUGUGGUUUCCAGGCUCUUUCAGCUCCAAACUCAAAUUGCCAAUCAGUACCCUAGACGUUUGGACCGAGCAGGAGGCUCUUCCCAGCGACUCCGGGCCAGAGCUGCCAUUGUCUGUGGCGGCUUUCCACGUCAUUCAGGAUCUCCUUCUCGAGAGACGGAGAAGGCGCUGGAGGCCAGGUUUCUCUCUGGCCAUGGCGGCCCGCCGGCUCUCCACUCGAGCUGAGGUCAGUCUCGUGCAGCUCAUCGAACCGUUUGCGGUGACGCUUCGCGCGCACAGGAGGCAAACUGAAGCGACAACUGGAGAAGUGGGAGGAUGGCGAGACGAGAAGACAGGAGAAACGCUGACGGCGGCCGCGUCCGGACGGGACCAGGCAGAUCACGCGGCGUCAGAGGCGGAGCGAAGAACCACAUCCCAUAGGACGGGGAAGGCGCACGGCUUUCGAGCAGAGUCGAAUGAAGGGAGGCAGGAAAGGGAGAGACCAUUGCGUGAGCGGAACCAGGCAGCAGCGGGCAUGGAAAUAAACUCGCAAGGUCAAAAGAGCCCAAAGCGGAGGAAAGAUCAGCACGCAGACAGGGAAACGCGGUCCCCCCUCUAUGCGGUCGCAGCGACCGCCGUACCUGCCAAGAAGCGAAGCGCUCUCAUGGGGAAACUCGUGGUGCAUCCGAUCAUGAUGAAUAUCACGAGUGAGGCUGUGGGGUAUUUGGGCUCCUUGGCCUUUCUGGCCUCGGGGUUCCUCGCCCAUCUUUCCACGCUCGAAUCCCCUCCCUUUCCGCCGCCUGUCGCGCGUCCUUCCUGUGCUUUGCUGACCUCCGAGAGUUCUCUACGAGCUGUCGAGAGGUUUUCGUUAGCCACUCCCAAACCGGGGGAACGGGCGCAUGCAGCGGGCGCGGCGGGUGCGGCCUCGUCUUCUGCGUGCCUAGCCUCGUCACUUCUCCUUUCCGGCGAGAGCGAGGAUUCGUCUACAGACCCCAACAAAGGCGCGGAGCUGCUGGAUGGUGCGUGGAGACCAAAGGCUCUACCUACGAACGCGCCCGGGCUCUCGCUCGCAGCUAGCCGCCCCGAGGGGCAAAGUGUCCCCUUUUCGCGCGCUGGCUUUCACGGUCGCCCCUUCCUCACCACUGGGCAGUCGUUCGUCUCUAUCCCCGAGGAUUUCCUCGAUGAAGCACGAUCCAGGAAACUGGAGGACACAAAGAGGCAGAAACAGUCGGUUAGAGCAAGGAAAAGCGUCGCAGGGUCGCAGGCACCCGUCUUACAACUCGUGGGAGAUAAGGAACGCUGCAAGGAAGAGAUGGAAAACCUGGAGGAAGUGCCGAGACAAGAGCCCCUACGGCAAGAUGCGACACUGCCUUUUCUAUCAUCGAGCUUUGGUCUACCUUCCUACAAAGCGGGGGAAGAAAAAGGCGAGGAAUGCAGGAGCAAUCCUCAGUCAGAAACGGAGAUAAAUGACAAAGGCGAAGACGGGCCCUUCGCGGCUUCAACGCAGUCUCCCUCCGAAGUCGAGUCCCCCCUUGAGGCUUUGUGGACUGCCGUGGGCGCCGUCGUUUCCAACGUGGAGUUUUCCCUUACAGUCGAGAGCGUGAAAAUCAAAUAUGUUGCCGUGCAUAUUACCGUCGAGGAAGUGAAAUUCGAUUUUCGAAAAACGGUAUUCCCCAGCGAUCCGUUCCUUUGUCCGAGCCCCGUGACGCGGCUGAUGUAUGCCCGUCGCGCUCAACCCCUUCGUCUUGGGCGUGGGCCGCCGCUGUCCUUUUCGUCGCAAGUUGUCGGCGAUGGAGCGGCAGCUUGGGAAUCGCGGCUCUCGGCUACUGCGAGGGGACGGCGCUCUUGCCCCACCUCCUCUCGGGGGAGACAGACCACCCGGCGCCCGUCCUUUUCUUUUCUUUCCGUGCUGCCUCCCCGCGAUUCUUCAGCUGUGCCUCCGUCUUCCCUACGUUCAGACGGACCACACACGAGAGGCUGCGACGGGGCGAAGGAACGCGCGCACGGAGCGGCGCGGUUUUCGUUUGCGGUGCCGUCAGCACGGAAGCGAGGGAACGGGGAACACGGCGCAGGUUCUUCCUUUCUCUCGCCACUGCGCACGAGCUGGCGGCUCGGGCGAGGAGAAGAAGCGCACCCCCCAGACGGAAAAAAAAAGGGGACGGACAUCGGGGAGCGAGGAUACAAGGAGCCAGAAGAGGCAGGGAGUCAGGCAGUGGCGAUGGGCUGGGAGAGAGAGGAGGCGCGCCAAGGAGAACCAGGUCUAGACGAUGACGGAAAUCGUAUUGGCGACCUCGAAGCAAUCUUCCAGAUGACCAUAGCUGUGGAAAUGUUCAGGCGGUCGAUGAGGACGGUGGAGUCUGUGGUCGAACCCUGCCAAUUGACAAUGCAACUCAGCUAUAGUCCCGGCGAAGAAUCCCUCCACGAAAUUCGGUGCGGUCUCGCGGAGCAUGCGCCUUCUCGUCUUCGGCUCGUCUCAGCUUGUCGCCGUUCUUCCUUCCCUGAAAUCGCUCUGACUCCUCCACGAGUCCGAGGUGUAUGCUCGCCUGCAGAGGACGCGAAAUGUGGGAGACCCAUGUGGCGAGAAAGACACAGAAAGCGACAGGAGCACGAGGCAGACGCGGGAAACCUCAGCUGGCGGAUGAAAAGCGAAAACAAAGACGAUCUUCGAGUAGCUCUGCAUCUCACGUGGAUCAACGUAACAGUCGCACCUGUUGUGAUGGAUGCGCUGAUGGAGACAACUGAUGCCGUGGAGGAGCAACUGAAAGCUUUCUUGAACGCCGUGACAAGAUUCUACCUGCCUCCUGGAAGGCUUCCUGAGUCUGCCGGCGCCGAUGAGCUACGGUCUCCACCGGCUUUGUCUUCGGGCGCAGCCCCGCGCCCUUCACUUUCUGCGUCGACCAGGAGCCUCCCUUCCUCGAGCUCCCAGCAGGCUCUUUCCGCCCAUGCUGCUCAGCGCCUCCAGUCCCCAGACUUCGUUUCUCUCGCAGUGGCGAAUUUCUGCGAUCUCGUCGCCGCCACGUUCGGCCGCGAGCCCCAGGAGGCUGCCCGAAAAGCGGCCGACGAAGGCAUCGCAGAGAUCGAGGAAGAAGGGAUUUCGCGAGAGAGUGACGAAGAGGAGACCGAAACAUGCGGAGACAGCACGGCUUGCCACGCAGGCGAACCGCAUCCGAGAGAAGAGGGGGACAAGGCGGGCCGAAGCCAAACAGGCGGGAGGCAGAGCGCGAACGAUGAAGCAAUUCUGGAAGACGCGGACCAAAGGCGAGCGGAUGACAAGGCAGAGAUUAAGAAACGGAUGAGGGAAGAAGACGAAGAACGAACGAAGGAAACAUCCGAUGGCUGGGACAUUACCGGUGGCGACGCCCAGCCGAAACUGUGGAAUCUGACAGGUCAGCCUUUGGCUGUGCGUCUCACACGUCUUUGGCGUCGGUCCCGCGACCGCACGCGGCAGUCUGGCCGCGUUCUGCGGUCGGCGUCUUUCUCGUCCACGCAUUCGCGUCGGUCUUCCGAGAAGAGGCGCAGCGACUCUUCAACCUCCAGCAGCUCGGACCAGGCCAGGCGUGGCGAGGCUCUCGAGUUGAGCGACGCCACAGAGUCGCUCACCGGUGCGUCCUCGGCUUCCAGUUUCAGCGGGGGACCUGAGGCGCGGGAGGCGACGGGCGGUCGGCGGAGAGAUCGCAGCAGAUGGGAAGGUACACGCGAGCGAGAGGGAGAGGACGGCCGAGACAGGACGGAGGGCGUGCCGCCCUCCAGAACGUCGUCUUUCCCCGCGUCUUCGUCAUCUGCGGAAGCAGCGUUUUUGGUUUCUCGAGGGCGCCUCAAGCGAAGUGGAGCAAGACGGAUUGACCCCUUUGCAGAGCGAACUUCUGCAGACGCCCAAGAAAGACAGGCGCGGCCGCCGAUGCCUUCUUCCUUAGAGACGCCCCGGCGGGAGAAGAAACGGUGCAACCCGAAAGCAGAUAGAGAAACAGGGAGGGGCCAAGACGAGGGUGAUGAGCCCUGGUCAUCCAGUCUGUCGCUGGAUGCCGACACGCGCGAGGAUUCCUACGAGUGGACAGUUGUCCAAUCGGGGCACUGUGUCUGCCUGCCUCAAGAUGAAGAAGCCCAGCCGCUGCCAGUGGGGAUCCGGCUUUCCUUCCUAGGUGUGGUGUUUCACGUCGAAGAGCUCUCGGUUUCCUCGUCGCAAACGCAGCUGCGUUAUAUUCCACUCGCACUUCUUCCGUCGUCUCCUGAGAACCUGCCGGCGAAAACAGGGCGGCAGCAAAGAGAGACAGGAGGGCGCGCAGGCACCGCGAGAGGGAGCGCGAGCGGCACAGGCACGUGCGCCGAGGCUGAGAAGGAACUGUCGCACCCUAGAGGUCCCCGAGACAAGACGAGGCGAGAACGGGUGGGACGCGACGGAGAGAACGCCAACGAGGGAAUGAUAAAAACACACGUUCGGCUGCUCGCGCGAACUAUCUUUUUGACUGAGCAAAAACAGUUCAACGUCUUUCUCUCUUCGGUCGUCACGAUCCGCAACCGGAGCUCCGUUCCUGUUUUGAUUUUCCCUCACCCGUUGGUAGCCGAACUCGUCCCUCCUCCCGCGCCCCUUCCUCUUGUAACGUCUCGCCUCUCCUCUUCGUCUUUCGGUUCAGUCUCACCCCCUCCUGGUUCGGCGAGCAGUCCUAGCGACAGCGCUUUUGCCUCUGUCUGUUCUGAUCUCAACCGCGGGGAAGCCGGCGCUUCUCGCGACCAGUCGACCGCGGUGGGGAAGGCCGCGAGUCUCGACGGUGCGUCUUCUGCGCUCGGAAGGGCCAACCGUCAUACACUCCCGCGGGGCUACGUUCAGCGCAGUCGCGCGAGGACGUUGGGCUCCAAAACAGAUCCGCUCUCAUCUCGGUCUUUCAGCUCGGCUUCGUCAGUAUCUCCGCUUUCGUCCCGCUCUCCUGUGGACGCCUCAUCCGUUUCGCUCUCUCGUGCGAAGUUCGUCUUCGCUUCUGCCAGGCGCUCCCCGCCGGCGCCAGUAGAAGUCCUUCCCGGAGAGGGCCAAGCUCACGUGCCUCUGACGUGGCUGUUGCCGCGCGCAAUGGUGAUCGAGGCUGUGCUUCGGCAGAGACGCGACCAAGAACGAAAAGCGUCACGCGAUCGCGGCCGAAGGCCCCGGUGCGAAGGCGGACUUCCGCCGUCGCGCGACGUCUUUUCUCCUGGCUGUUCCGUUUCCUCCUCUGUAGACGAUCACGAGGCGAGCGGGAAUCGGCCGCAAAGGCAAAGCCGCCAGAGCGAAAGCGACGGCGGCCUUCUGCUCGACGAAGAAGAGUGGGAAGAAUGGCGACGCAGCGGCGAGACGGAACCUUUUCUGGUCAUCCCGUCGGGCACUCUCGUGGCAGCAGUGCGGCGCUCGCGGGCGGAAGACGCCGACAGCGGGCGCCUGGAGGCUUGUUCUGAUGGCGCCAAGGGCCGAAUCGCGCGACGCAGCUGCGUGCCUCGAGCGUCAGAAACCCAGACCGGGUCUGGGAUGAGGCCGACACGAGCAGGAGGAGACGCCAUCGACGCCGAAAACGAGGCCGCAAAAGGCGACGGAGCCGACGCAUGCGAAGGCGACGAGGAACGACGAAGAGACAGAGGAUGGAGGGGCAAUGUCACAACGGCUCGGAAUCGAGGGGACAGUUCGUGGGAGGAAGGUGACGGCGAGGAAGAGGCAACAGGAAAAACCAGGCAACCGCGCCGUGGGGAGGAAAGCGCGAGGCGAGCAGGACGAGAACCACGGGGCGGAGACCUAGCCUGGAGGCAGAGUGGUGGCGAGGGCGUCGACGCCGGGAGCUCGCACCGGAGGAGUCAGCUGGGCUCCUGGGCGACGGCACGAUCACGUGACGGCGAAUCCCCAGAUGUCGACGAUGUUACGAUCCUUCAUCGCGCAGCCUCAGACUGGAUUCUGGGGAAGGCGAAAUCCCCCAAGGCAGCAGACAAACAGCUCGCCCGGCUCUUCGUCACGGCGUAUCGCUACCUGUACGCUCUGGCCAGGUCUGUAGGCGCCCAGCCGCUGCUGCCGGCGGGGAAUUUCCGGCUUCUGACCGAAUCCCUGGACUGCGCCGUCAGCGCGCACUCCAUGAAGCCGCACCUUUUGGAGUUUCUUCAUCCCUCCGACGCCUGCUCUGUUCUCGACCCCGCGAGGCGACUGGUGCGGCCGUGGAGAAGAGAGAGCGACAUCGUGCACCUUCUGACCUCUCAUCGGCAAACGAGUCCCAAACGAGAGACUGACAACACGCACCGUGUCUUUCUUCGAGAGUCCCUCGCUGGAGACACGAGCGCAGCGCGCCUCGGGAACGCGCCUGUUCCCCAGAAAAGCCACGGAAGGGCCGUAGGGGACGGUCCCCCGACACCCUGGGAGAGGCAUCGCUGCGAUGCAGAUGCAGAAGGCCGAGACGGUGACCCAGCCAAUGCAGACCGAAUAUCGCAACAGGAAUGGAAUCGGAAAAGGACACGAUUUCACGAGACAGCAGAGGCUUCGCCUUCGCGCUCGCUGUGGAGCGGCCGCGAAGAAGUGGCAGGGACAGUGGGAAGCCUUUCACUGCAUUUGGGAGGAGGCGCCGACGCGGCAACGCCCUCACACGCGACUAGCGAGCUUGGGGAAGGCGACGCGCGAUCGCAGCCGGGCAGACACGCAAGGCGAAGAGAGGCGAACGCGAGUCCAAAACGUGCCAGGCAGAGCCUGUCGCCUUCGCUUCGCCGAGAACUGACGGGAGGGAACGCGGCGCUCCAAAAAAGAGCGACAGCGCUGGCCCUUGCAGUGACCGUGUAUGGCAAGAAGCUGCGGGAAUUCUUGGCUGACACAGAGCCUCUGUACUUCGAGAUUGCCCUCGAGGCGCCGCUCCAGAUUGGCAACCGCCUGUUUGAGACUUUGAAUGUGUCCCUCGUCUCCCCGUCCUCCACACCUCUACCUUCGCUCCGCCAACCGUCUCGAUUCUCCGUCUCGCCUCGUGCCAGUAAUGCCGGUCGCCUGUCAAGGGAGAGACAGUCGCUGCGGGCCUCCCUCUUCUCUGCUUCUCCAUCGCCCUAUCUCGUGUCGUCUUCACCUUCAUCUGGGCGGUCUCGUCUUCGGUACAAGGCGACACAGGUCUCCGUGUCCCCUUCGCCGCUCUCAAGUAGGCGAAGAAACAGCGAGGACGCCAGACGCCGGCGUGCCGUCUCCCUCUCAGAACCAUCGGCGGAGCUCUUUGGAAGCGUAAGAGAGCGAGGACGGUCAAGGGGAGAAGAUGGCAAAGCGCAGCAGGCGGAUCAGCUACGCGGUCACCUUUGGGACGAGACACCCGUCGGGCCUGCUCGGGGUUCUCCUUCGUUGGUUGGGGCUUCCUCUCUUACCCCCGUCCUCACUCUGAAAGCUGGAGAGGACGCGCAAAUUGAGCAGGCGUGUCGGGCCUUCUCCCUCGAGAUUUCCUUCUCCAGCAGCGCCACACACUUCACCUACGUCUACCGAUCACAGCCGAUAGGCAUCAACUCUCGGACGGCCGGCGGGUCUCCUGCAGCCGUUCCCGGCCUCUUCUUGCUGCCGCUCCUCGACUCCACAAUUCUGCUCCAUCGUUCGGAAAUCGUGCUUCCCGACGGUGCGCCUCUCGCCCCCGACAACCCGCUCUUCCGCUUCGCUGCGGCCCAGGAGCCCGACGAGGUCGCCAUCUGCGCGGAAACGGUCGCCGGCUCAGCAGUCGGACCUGGCGGAGUCUCCGCAGUCUCCUUUGUGCGCCGGGGGCCAUGCGGAAGGCAGGCCGGAAGUUCUGCGCUCUCCGCCACAGCCGCGAGCCGACGGACGCCCAGCGGCGACGGAGAGUGGCAAAGAGAUGCUGUCGAAGGGAGGGAAAGCGGAGACAGUAGGCGAACAAGCUUAGAGCGCGGAAGGUUGGUAACGAUUGCGAAUGAGCGUGGUGCACUAGGCAUGAACCGGACACCUCCGAACAGUCGUCUGGCCUCGCAGCCUCGAUUUCCAGCCUCGCAAACACUCGCGUUUUGUCCCUCCUCACCAUGGUGCCUCGCCACGAAGAAUCCGGAGGAAGUGAAACUCGCAGAAAAAAUGACGUUUUUGGAAGACGCAGCGUCGCUAGGCUCCCACAUCUACACCUGGCAGACAGGGGUGCGAACUGUGCGCCUGUACGCUCCUUAUGUUGUCGUCAACCGCCAUCCCUCCCCGCUGUCGGUCGCCUGGCCUCGACAACUGCCUCAGAGACUCGAUCCCUUCGAGUGGCGACUGCUGUCGCCCCACGGGGUCGGGGGAUCCACGAAGGGCGCGUCUGGGCGUCGGAAAAAGGAACUUAUUUUCGGCUUAGCUCCCGUCAAUCGGCUGUCAGAUCUGCUGGCCUUGUCGCAGCUGCCUCUCCCUGCGGGCGCGCGCCUGAAAGGCGCGAACGGCACCGCCGACGGGCUUAAAAGGUCGCCCUCGACGGAGAAGAGCGCCGGAGCCGAGGGCCGCGUGGAUGCCUCCCAAAUCGACUUGGACAGGCCGAAGGAAGACACGGAGGCGGAAAGGAGGGACAAGGCAGCUGGCUUCAGCGUCGAUACUGUGGGGGCGACAGGCCAAGUGGUGAUUCCUCGGUUUUUGCUGAGACAGGCGCGUCCCGGCGAGAGGGCCUUUGGAGACAGGCGCCGGCUUCUGUCUCUCGGGAGACCCGGGGGCGAGGAGGUCGUCGAGGGCGACCAGGAAACCUUGCAGGCGCACUGGCUGGGUGUGACCGUCUCUCUCGCCCCGCCGCCGUUUCUGCGAACGAAAAUCGUCAACGUGUACAGUCGGUUCACGUUCGUUAAUUCCCUCGACACCCAGAUUUGGAUUCGGGAACCACAUGAAGGCAGCGCCGCCGAGUUCUUGCGCCUGGCCCCCGGAGAACAGCAGACCUUUCAUCCCCAGCGUGUGUGGCCUAACGGAAGUCCGUCUUUUCAGUUCUCUCUCGUCGAUCCUGCUCUCUUUGAGAAUGACGACAGAGCCGCGCCAGGAGGUUCAGCCCCUAAGGGAAGGCCAGGCGGACGCACUGCACAUGUCGUCGAUGCUCGCGAAGGAAUCAACCUACAGACCAGCGGUUCCAGCUUGCCUGUCAGCUCUGGCCCUUCGAGGGUUCCAUGCUUGAACGCCGCCUCCGAGGCGUCCUCUCCUUCCCCUCCACUGGAUUUGCCAUCGAGAGGCGCGAGUCUCGGGCGCCCGGCUCCACCUGCGCGUCUUCGACAUAUCUGGUCUUCUGAGGUUCGUCUCAGUGCAGUGUCAUCGCAGCAGAUGCGCGUGGUCUGUCCAGCGGCCUCUCUGUCUGCGGCGAGGGACCCGCAGCGUCUCCUCAGCGCCCCGACGCGUUGGGUGCCGAGAGACGCGCUGGCGUCUUCCCCCUCACGCGCGGUCCGCCGGACCUACACGAUUGUUCAAGUGGACGUCCGAGCUGUGGAGCGGGCUGCGAUGUUCGUCUGUUUUGAACGGCCGACGAAAAGCGAGUUUUUGCUGAUCAAUGCCUCGCGCAGGCUUGUCUACUUUAGCCAGGUGCUCGGAACCUCCCGCCGCGCCCUGGGGACCGGGGCGAGUCGCGACCGGAGCGAGUUGCUUUAUCCCGGCGCGCAAGUGGAAUACGCCUGGCAAGACCCGACGCGGAGUGGACGCAAGCUGCGCUUCACCGUGAUCGACGCAGGAGGCCAGCAAGUGCAUUGCACCUGCGACAUUGGGCGAGUGAAAGCGCAUCCGCCCUUGCCUUUGAGUGGCGGAAGAGACUGUCUCUUUCUCACCACGCAGGUGGCCCGCGGGCGCCGCGUCGUCGUUUUGACCGACUUCGCCUCGCGAUGGGAGGCGCGCAGCUCCCUGCAACUUGCGACUCCCGCGCUCGUCUUCAGAGCGCGACUGGAAACCUCGCAGGGGCGAGGGAAAACAGGCGGCGACUUUCCCGCUCGCUUGGCGACACAGAGACACGGACAAGGGGACGCAGCAGUGGAGGAGAGAAACGGGAGAAGGCGGCAACUCGCCCAGAGUUUCAAGAGGAGACUCGGGUCGGGCAGACAGGCUCGACCACGCCGCCCGGAAGCGGCCUCGAGACGGACGCUUCGUCGAGACGGAGACGUCUCUGUUGGGAGGAACACCGCAGCAGAGAGAAGGGGGAAGGGUGAGCAGGCCGCAGGAGGCGACAGCGGGCGAAAACGAAAAAGAAGAGACAGCGAUGCCUGCAGAGGAAGCAGCGAUGGCGAUACCGAGCAAGGCGAGAGAGGCGACGGACAAGGCGAACGAGAGAGGAAAGCCCCGGGGCGUGCUUGUGCACAGGACAGCCAUCUUUCGCCUCACGGCCAGCGUUGCGAUAGAGGGGAGGGAGACGAAGAGGCUCCGGGCGGCGAGGAGGAAAGCAAGAGAACCGCAGAAACGUCUGGCGAGGGGGAUGAAGGAAAGGACGCGACCUUUCGGUCAAGGAAACCGCUCACGCGAAGCACAUCGUGUGAGGGCAACCACAUAUAUGGAAGCUCCCGCGACGCGCUUCCCGUGAGCGACCGAAGCGACGAGAAGAAUCAUCGAGAGGGUCGACGGCCCCGCUCCUCCAGCGCAGUCGGCUGCCGAGGCAGGAACGUGGAAAACGAGAACCUUUCACGAGCAGCGCGGUUCCGUUUCAACCGGUGGCGGGCCCCACGGAGGCCAGGCGCCGCCCUCGAACGAGGAGAGAACAAAGCUGCGCUGCCUGAGAUCUCCCGCUUUGAGGCGUCGGGAGACACCCGGCCGCUCGCGCACGUCAGUUCGUCCCGACAGCCCCACCGCCCCGGAGUCGAAAGCGACAGAGGCAGCGAAAAAACAGGGCGCAAGGUCUCUGGAGAUGCAGACGAUGACGCGUUGAAAAAAGCACGAGAGAACGCAGUGAGAAACGAACCGGAUGGACAGGCGGAAAACGCCGAGUCGCCUCCCUUUGUUUCUCUAGACGAUCUUUCAACCUGUCCCCUUAAGCGGCCCAGCUUUUUGAGAAACGACGCGAGCUGUGGUUCCAACGUCGGAUCCCCGCCUGGGACGUGUGAGUUGCCGGAAAGGCUGAAACACCCUGGGGCGACUUUGGAAGGUGACUGCCGCCCUGGAGACGGUUUCGGUUUCGGAGGCCUUUUUUCACAUGUUGGAGAGAUGGAAGGCGAUGCGAGGGAGACGCCUCGCUGUGGGCGAAGUGCGAAGGGGGAGUUGAGUUCGAGUUCUUCGUUUUUUUCUUCUUGUUCUGCUCCGGCGAUCCCCGAGCAGAACUGCAGCCCCUCGGCGCCUCUCUCACCUGCCAUGACAGGUACGGGACUCGUUGAUCAUAGCUCGGUGGAGAGCCGACGCAGAGGAAGACGUUUUGCCCAUUUUCUUCGCGUUGCGCUGCGGAGGAAACAACCCUCGGAGGCCGGUCUUCUGCGAUCGACUUCUCCUUUAUCGUCUUCUUCUUUCUCCACUUCCGACGGUCAACGAGAAGCUCAAGGAAGCCGCAACUCGCGGCGGCGGAGGAGCACGGAGGCACGUCAACAGGCACGACCGCUGGUUCGGCGUAGGCGCGCAGCACACCCCAAGUCUCCAGUGCGUUCGCUUGGACGCCGGCGGAGCGCUCAAGACCGCCUGGUGCAAGAGGAAUGUGUCGGAGAAUCCCAGGUGUCCUCGCCAUCAAUCGCCAUCCCAGGCGCGACGCAGAAAUGGCCAAGGGGUCGGUUGAUUCGGGACCGAAUGCGGACGGGGCGAACCCGGAUGCGGCGGUUUGCUGCGCGAUGGGGCGGGGACGAGGAAGAACAAGGCGACAGUGAAGACGAGCGUCCCUACGACGAGAGGACACGACGCGACGGCGCGCUUCCGCCAGGACAACUUAAUCCUGCCUCGCCUCGGCCAUUUCCGAAGUUGUCGGAUUUCCAAAUUCUUUUCUCCUUUGCUCUCGACGGCCUGGGCCUCUCACUGGUUGACGCGCUCCCCCAAGAGCUCGCCUACGUCGCUCUCUCCGGGGUGGAGGCGACUGCGAGGCGCAUGCCUGCCUCGUCAUUGGUCGGGGUGGGAGCGGGGAUGCAAGACGAAGGCCGGCGCGAGGAGACCCACAUGGACUACCGCCUCGCGAUCCGGAACCUGCAAAUUGACAACAACGUUGCUGGCGCGUACAGCUCCACCAUCGUUCGCCUCGCGACUCCAGAAGAGAAACUCCGUCACUGGGGGGCUGAGGACAAGCGCGGCUUUGUUCCUGGCGAGGGCCUCAUUUCCACGGCGAAGGCGGCGUCCCUGGUUUCAGCGACCGUUCGCCCCUUCCUGCUGGCGCACGGCCAGGACGAAACUGACGAGAAAAAUCUGUUUUUCCGAGUCCAAUUGGGCGGGAAGUGGACCGACGAGGCAACGCUGCUCCAGUACUUUGACUGCGCGCUGGCUCCGGUCUCGCUACACAUCGAAAUCGACACCACCUUCGAACUCGUACGCUACCUCCUUAGCGUCUCGGCCAUCCGCCAAGCGGCUCUCGGAGACCCUCGCUCUGACGGAUUCCUUCGCUUUCGCGCCUGCCCCGACCCGCCCGGUUCGCUCGCUUCGCAGACGUUUUCGAGAAAGCCUUUUUACAUCCAAACCUUCUGCGUGAGGCCGAUCCAGAUUCUGGUCUCUGCACGAGCUCCCCGACUCCACAAGAGGAGACUCCAGGCAGACCGCGAGGUGAUGUUUCUUCGCCAGCUGCAACUGGUGGCGGGAACUGUGACAGAUAUCACCAACUUCCCAGUUAAAUUCCGACUGGUCAUCCAGCAAUCCGUCUUCAACACGAUGGAGCAGUUCCUCGAACAACUGAGCACGGUGUACAUACAGCAAGGCAUCCGCCAAGCCCACAAAGUCGUCGCCUCCAUUGACGUCCUCGGAAAUCCUCUCAACGUCCUUUCCAAUGUUUCGGCCGGAACGCGGGCUCUCUUCCUCGAUCUCAUCCACAAGCGGGCCGUGCCCGGCGGCGACACACACAGACUGAGCCUGUGGGGAGUAUUUUUGCGCCUCUCUCGCGGUUUGCUCGCCGACGUGCUUGACGGGUUGAGCUCGAUCUUCGCAGGCGUCUUCCAGCUCUUCGAGGCUCUCCGCCUCGUGGACGGAGACGACCUCCUGGGCCUGUGGCCCGCGGAGACUCGGGUCUCCCGUCCAACUCUCGAGUGUCCCGAUUCGCUAGCUGAGGGCGCGCUUCGCGGCGUCGUGGUUUUCUUUCAGCUUUUUCUUUCCUCGCUUUUCUCUCUCUUUUUCUACCCCACUCAGUGGACCGCCCGCCAGCGACCCCGUGGGCAGCCAGGCGCCGGUCUGCCGUCCGACGGGGCCGAAGGCGACGAAAGACGAACGCCCCGAGAGGCGUGGAUAUCCUUCUUCCUCGGCCUCCUCUACGGCCUCUCGUCGCUCGUCUUUGGGGCUCUGGGCGCCCUGCUUCUCCUGCUCCACGCGCUCACCGCCGGGCUCCGCGUGGCGCUUCAGAGGCCCCCACACACUGCGUCGAUUCGCCCGCCUCGCGCCUUCACUGACAGCUUCGCCUCCCAGCCUUUCCAUUUCCACGUCUCGCAGGCCAGCGACGUGCAGCAGAAAGGCAUCUCUUCCAAGACGCGUGCGCGCUUGCAGCCAGUGGUCUUUGCCUGUCCUCUGCCGACCGACAGCCCACUUCUCGACGGACGGGAAGCUGAAGCGCGGAGACAGCGCGGACGAGGGGAGGCCGCGGACGCACGUUCGCCGGCGAGGCUCGCGAAGGCGAGCGCGUGGCCGUUGACCGGCUGGAAGGCCGCCGGUGAUUUUGGCGCAGCAGAGGCUGAGGCUCCUGAACGAAGGACCGAGGAACGGCGACUGGAAAGCGAGGCCGACGAGCGGGACAGAGCGAUGCGGAAGCUUGCUCGCUUACCGGCGGCCUCACGCGACGCCGGCAAACGCCUAAAAUACACCUCGCGAAAAGACUACAUUGUGGCGACACCAGAUCUCCUUUUCUACGCAAAAGACGGGAACGUCAAAUGGGUAUGCAGACGGAAAGAUGUGGCGGGUGUCCACGUGAUGGUGCCGCAACAGUUCAUGAACGCGCUCGCAGCGGCCUCCCGAAUGGGGCCAGGCGGCGGGGGCUACGGCGCCGCCAUCGGCAUCCCUAAGGAGAGAACGCGUUUCGCACUUGCCCCGGAAGACGCCACGAAGGCCCAGAAGAGAGCUCCUCUCCUCCGCCUUUUCUCGUCCUGGUUCACGUCCAUUUGGUGCUCCGUCCGACGUGGUAGAGACGCAUCCCGUCCCUCGCCCUCCGACGCUGUCUCUGUUUCGGCCGGGUCCAGUCAAGGCGGCGACGACCGCCCAGGCCCGUGGAAGCCUCGGCCGAGCAGCCGGACGUCUCCGGACAGUCCUGUGAAGGAGAAAGGAGUCAGCCGCGGGACUCGUGACAGCGCUCGCUACAACGGCGCCUUCCUUCCGUCCCAGGUCCGCCCUCGGUCCGUCUCGCCUUUUCCCGGGUACGGUCGCGCCGAUCCCGGGGACGGUCGCGCCGAUCCCGGGGCCGACCGUCGCACCAGUGUGUUCUUUCGAGCUCUCGGGAACCUCGGGGCCUUGGGGCACGUCGAGGGGUCGGUUCCGCUGUUUCUGUUGCGCGUGAAAGUUCGCAACGCGUUGAAUCUCCCCGCCCAAGCGAUGAAAGACCCGCGAAAGGCCUACUGUAUGUACACGCAGGAGGCUGGAGUCCGGGAAGGCAUCGCAGAGGCAGUCGUCAAGGCACGCCCAGGCCGCUGGAAAGGGCGGCGCGAAGUGGACGAGAUUGGCGGGGGAAAAACCCUCCGAGGCCAAGUGAAAAACGUAGGGGGGAACCAGGGAGACGGAAAAGAGCGCGACGUCGCUCUGGCAGCCGUGGCUGCUGCGGCCACAGGCUCCACAGGGAAGGCCGGUGGGGGGGGAGGGAGUCUCCGAGAGGCGAAGCAAGCUGGGAAGGCAGGCGGAGAAACGCGACGGGAUAGGUCGCCAGCGAACGCGUCGCAGCUGCCGAAAGAGGCGCCCAGAAAGAAUGCAACAGAGGCGGAACUGGGAAGGUACGCGACGGCCUGGGUUGAGUCCGGCGGGCGCCACCCACGCGCAAAGCAGACGUUCUCAACGCCGGAGGGGCGAGCUCCUCCCCCCGGCACGCGCCGACGGGAAGGGGACAGCCUUGAGGGCAACUCCACGCAGAGCGACGACGAGGAGCGAGCGCUCGCGCCUGGCGGCAAUGCGAAAGCGCAGAACACAGACGUGGAGAAUGGAAAGAAAUCUCGCAGGCGUCAGGACAGCUCCAGCGACGCGAGGGGAGAAGGGGAUGUACGGACCUCCCAGACGCGAACAAAGAAAAACCGUCGGGCAGCGGAACACGAACAAGAGAGCGACGAGGCUGGCCUCGGCUUCCUGCCUGUGCUCGACCGUUUAGAAAAGGGGCGAGGACACGUGGCAGCUGAAGGCGCGAGCGACGGGGAGACUGAGGAGCGGCCAGCCCGUACGCGAUGUGUCUCAGGGCUGAAUGGCGAGCUUGUCGCUUGGGUCCGGAAGGCCCGCAAGUGUCUCGGCGCAUGUUUCCGGUCGUUUGUUUCCUCUCUGUUGGGAAAGGCGCGAAAGAAAACUCCCAAUAGGACUCCUGGCGACGGCGGUCUCCUCGCCUCCGUAGACAUCCGGAAAGCCCCGUUCGCCGCGGAAGCGCUGGGAGAGGAGGACGGCCGUGGCGGGACUGCGUCACAAAAUGCGCGGAAUCCUCCAGGAAAAAGGAGGCGUGACGCAACCGUAAACUGGUCGCAGGUGCCUUGUCUGCAACGCCUCUCGCGCCGGGUAGCGGCUACAUGCCGACGCGCCCUUCGGUGCGCGAUGGGCAAGACCACGCCGCUUCCCCCGGCGUUUUUGGUCUUUGAAAUCCAAACGCGAGACUGGGACUCCGCCGCUCGCGCCUUCGACACGGUUUCCAGUUUCAUGCACUUCCAGAGAUGA